GGAGAGCAUCUCAAGAAGAGCUCGAAAAUCGAGCUACUUGUUGCAUAAGUUUGAGAUAAUUUAUACACCAACUCGCGCGCAGUCCAGCCAUUUAAAAUACAUACAAGAUCGAUCUCUGCAUCAUCGGUAACCCAAAUAUUAUGUGUGUAGCGUGUAUCGGAUAAGAUGCGCCGCGACGAGCAUAAUAAUAUUAUUGCGACUCGUUUCUUUCGGGGAGCGUAAGAAAGGAAAAAACAAGAGAAAAAAACGAGGAAAAAGAAGGAAGGAGAAAGAAGCGCGUCCACCUCCUUGGACCAGAGCGUCCGAAAUUCUUCCCGAGGGGCUCACUACUUUCUAUAUAAGAGCCACCUUCGCGGCGGACGCAUGUCUAGUAGUCUCGCGGCCGCAGAGAUAAGCUGCACUCUCAUCCAACAAAGAAUAAAGAAGCGAGAAUAACACUUCAAGAGUCAUGAAGAGCAUUGCGAUACUUUUGCUGCUGGGCUUGCUAGCCUGUGGUGCCAUGGCGUUUCCCCAAAAGGACGGGGCGCGCUUCACUAACGAGGCCAUACGCCAGGCCCAGUCGACCUAUCUGAUUCCGCGCGACGCCCAGAUCCAGAACGUCCAGGAGGGCAUCGAGUUGGCUGCCUACGAGUCUAUACCCGGCAGCCAGAGGAUUAAUCUUUUCGAGAUCUUGGGCGAGCACGUCCCAGCCGAGGUCGUCAAUAAUUUGCAGUCGCAGAUCGACCAAAUUGGCAAAAAUAAGAAGAAGCGAUCCAUUGCUCGCGAUUAAUACAAUCACGUACAUGUAUUAUUAUAAAUAUGUAUAAUUAGCUGAAUAGUAUAAAUGAAUGACUUUAUGGAUUUAUAUGAUUUACCACGUGCGAGCUACUACUGUCAUAUGUCAUUGUUACCUGGAGUAGCAUCUUUUUUCAACAAUAUUAAUUGUGAAUAAACUUUUAUUUUGUCGUAAAAA